UCUUCCUCUUCUCUGGGGAUGAAGCUGCUGUUCUUCACAGGAGAGUCCGCUGUCAGAUGCGAUGAUGAAACGGUGAACGCGACGCGACAGACUAUUAUCAGUGGCUUAGCUGUUCUUGUGUGAGGUUCAGUGUGAGGAGAUGGGCAUGACCGCAUGGGGAGGCACUGUGCCCAGCAGAGCAGCGAACGAAAGCCUCAUGCCACGGAUGGGCUACACGGUCCUGGCGGUCAUCAUCGGCCUGUUCUCGGUGCUCGGCAUCGUGCUGAACGUGACGGUGGUGGCGGUGACGCUGAGGCACAGGUCGCUCCGGCAGCCGCUGAACUUCGCUCUGGUGAGCCUGGCCGUGGCCGACCUGGGCUGUGCCGUGUUCGGAGGGCUGCCCACCACACUCACCAAUGCCAUGGGCUACUUCAGCCUGGGCCGGGCCGGCUGUGUGCUGGAGGGCUUCGCCGUCGCCUUCUUCGGCAUCGCCGGCCUGUGCUCGGUGGCCGUCGUCGCGCUGGAGCGCUGUCUGGUGGUGUGCCGGCCCGUGGGCUCGCUCUGCUUCAGCACCAGGCAUGCGGUGGCCGGGUUGGCGGCGGCCUGGCUCUGGUCCUUCCUCUGGAACACGCCGCCGCUGUUCGGCUGGGGGGGCUUCGAGCUGGAGGGCGUUCGGACCAGCUGUGCGCCGGACUGGUACAGCAGGAACUGGGCCAACGUCUCCUACAUCCUCUGCUACUUCCUUCUCUGCUUCGCUCUGCCCUUCUCUGUCAUCGUUGUGUCCUACACUCGCCUCCUGUGGACCCUGAGACGGGUGAGCCGGCUGGAGGGGCCGGAGCGGGCCAGCACCUCGCGGGCCGAGACCCAGGUGGCCUGUAUGGUGGUCGUCAUGGUGAUGGCCUUUCUGCUCACCUGGCUGCCCUACGCCGCACUCGCUCUGUCUGUGAUCAUAGACCCCGAGCUUCACGUCGACCCCGUGAUCGCCACGCUUCCCAUGUACCUGGCCAAGAGCAGCACGGUGUUCAACCCCAUAAUCUACAUAUUCAUGAACCGACAGUUCCGGGAGCGCGCCGUGCCGUUCCUCCUGUGCGGCAGAAACCCGUGGGCCGGUGACCCGGGAGACUCGGAGAAGGAGACCACAGUAUCAUCCGUCAGGAGGAGCAACCGGGUCUCGCCUGGAUCCCCUCACACGCGUGACUGA